GUUCCUCAGGAGGUGUGGUGUUAACAGGACUGGCUGUCUGCUGGGGAGGAACAGACUGUUACUACAUAUCACUACUACAGCAGCAGAGUACCGAGAUGAGCUCCAGUCUGGCCCCGCCCCCGCUGGCUGCUGAUUUGCCAGUUGGAGAGAGGGUGGAGCAGAUGAGAGCCUGUCUGAGUAAGUCAUUGGCCGACGGGGCAGGGGGUGUGGUCAUGACUUAUGACAUCAUCCAGGUAUACAAGACACUGGUGCUGAGCUAUGGUAUCUCCUUGGAAGGACCCUGUGAAGACAUGAAGGUGGCGUCUUGGCUGUUGGACCCGGGUAGUGAGGAGAGAACUCUAACCAACAUGGUCACCUGCUACUGUCCCUCAGAACUACCGCUGCUGGAUGGACACACACACUCCCCUCGCCUACGAGCAGCCAUAGACAGCGUGCUAAUACACAGCACCAUGGGUCACCUCACUACCCUGCUGGAGAAAGAUGGACUGAUAGAUGUGUUCCGCAGUGUGGAGAUGCGUUCCCAGGUGUGCCUGGCGCUGCUGGAGCUGAAUGGGAUUGGCUUCAGCUGGGAGGAAUGUGACAGGCUCUCUGAUGCAGGCCUCUCUCAAAACAGGGUGAUGCAGGCCAAGCUGUCAGCUCUGGAGACACAGGCCUACAGCCUUGCUGGACACAACUUCUCUCUGACUAGCACCGAGGAUGUGGCACAGGUGUUGUUCCGUGAGCUGCGCCUGCCUCCCAGCUGUGAUUUGAGUGGGGGGAGGGGUAAGAAGACCCUGGGGUACAGCAGGAGAGGAACAGGACGCGCCGGGUUGGGGAAACCGUUCAGUACCACCAAGGACAUCCUGGAGAAGCUCAGUUCCCUCCACCCGUUGCCGGGGGUGAUUCUGGAGUGGAGGAGGAUCACCAACGCCUUGACAACGGUGGUGUUUCCCCUGCAGAGAGAGAAACGACAUCACCCCCUGCUGGUUAUGGAUAGAAUACAUCCUGUCUCCCAGACACACACUGCUACAGGUAACACACUGCUACAGGUAACACACUCUGCUACAGAUGGCCUCUGUGGGGAGGAUAACCUAACCUCACAAGAUGGACGCCGGACAGGUCGGGGCCGUUCCAGGCUGAUCAGACCUCCAGCUCCUCCUCCUGAAGGGGCCGUGGCCUUCUCCGUCAGCAUGAGACACGCCUUUGUUCCUUUCACAGGAGGGAUGGUAUUAGCAGCAGAUUAUUCCCAGUUGGAGCUCAGAGUGUUGGCUCACCUCUCUAAGGAUAAACGUCUGCUACAGGUGUUGAAUGGAGGAGCUGAUGUGUUCCGCUGUAUCGCUGCUGAGUGGAAGAACAUUGACCUGGAGACUGUAGACGACACCCUGAGACAACAGGCUAAACAGAUAUGUUAUGGUAUAAUCUAUGGGAUGGGAGCCAAAUCUCUGGGGGAGCAGAUGGGGAUCGAGGAGGACGAUGCAGGUGCUUAUAUCGAGAGCUUUAAGGACCGAUACACAGGUAUCCAUAGGUUCCUGAAGGAGACAGUGCGUAGCUGUGUGAAGAAGGGUUUUGUCCAGACUCUACUGGGGAGGAGGAGAUACCUACCUAACAUCAACAGCACCGGCUACACCAGGAAACAGGCGGAGCGUCAGGCUGUUAACACGACAGUCCAGGGGUCAGCCGCUGACAUCGUUAAACUGGCUACGGUCAACAUCCAGCAAUGUCUUAGAGACACCUAUCCUGCUGCUCCCCUCUCACACCAACACACAGAGAGUCGUGGUCAUGGCAGGGCUGGGUCAUCGUUUCUGACCUUCAGCCCCGGACCUCGCACAGGUAACACUCUGGACCCCUGA